AUGAAAAAAAAAGGAAAAAGAAAAAGAGCAAGAAAUGAUAAGUAAUGAUAAGUGCUAUUCGAGAGUUAUAACGAUUAAUGUAUUAUGUAUCUAGCGUUUGUAUUUAGAGAACAUACAUAAAGGUUAGAAGUGGACUAUCUAACACUUGGGAUCUGUAUCACUGUACGUGAAUUCUUUGUAAGAUUCAUCUCGUUCUUUCCUUUUUUCUUUUUUUUUUUUUUUUGUUUGUUUUUCUUUCUUAUUGAUCAAAACAAUCACAGUGUUCAAAGGUCGAGAGAUUUUUACGAGAUCGUUUUACAAUGAUGAAGUUACUUAUAAUACUAAAAUUAUAUAUAGUAUCUUCUUAUAUAAAUUCAAAGAAAUUUGAAGGCUAGUCGAUAAUACUUUCUUCUGAAGAUUCGCAACGAAUUUCGGAACUGAGAUGGAUUCAAUCACCGAAAAAAAGAGAAAAAAAAAAGAAAAAGAAAAAAAAAUAAAAGACGCACUUCCAUCUAUGUAAUAAUCUAUAACAACUGAAUGUACAUACCAUGGUCUGCUUAAAACCAUCUUUCAAUUCUGAUAUCUGAAUAUGAUGAACAAUAAAAUAAUUUCGCUCGUUUUGUUUUAGGUAUAAGAAGGAAGGAAAAACCAAAAACAGGGCAUUCAAAAAUUUUCCAAUUUCUUUGAAAAAUUAUGCAAAUUUGCAAUUUAAUUGGCUGGAAAUUGUUAAAUUGUAAAUUCAUAAUUCAGUUGACUGGGAAUUGUUAAAUUUGAAAUUUGGUUGAUAUCUAUGACCUACUUUGUUAUUCCAAAUAAGUAUGUAAUUUUCAACGAUAUGUUAGUUACAAGGUUAAUUUUACAUGCUUAUUUAGAUAUCCGAAUGAUACUAGCUUUAGCAGACCAUGUAGCUCAACAUAA